GGUUUUCGGCUCUCUGCCGGCCGCUCUAGCCACCCUGGCUUCCACUCCUUGGUUUCCGGCUGGGUUCUGGCUGCUCUCCGCGGUGUGAGUCGGGGAGACGCGCUCUGCACGUGGAGCGGCGCUGGGUCCCCGCGUCUUCGCCCUCCCCACCCGCAUGUUCGAGGAGCCGGAGUGGGCCGACGAGGCCCCCGCAGCCGCGGACCUCGGGCCUGUAUCCUCAAGGCCUCGGCCCGCAGCAGCCUCGAAGAUCAAGGACUCCAAGCGCCGCCAGCUUUUGGCCACAUUACGGGUCCUGGAGGCAGCAUCUCUUCCCCAGCAGCCCCUCAGCCUGCCUGGCAGUGACUCUGAAGAAGAGGAGGUGGUGGAAAGGAAGAAGAAACGCCCAAAAAAGCCCUCGUUUGCCAGUGUUUCUACUGAAGUAGAGGAGAAAAGGAAGAAGAAACAUCAGAAACAGGGCCCACCUGGCAGUGACUCUGAGGAAAAGGAAGUAGAAAGGAAGAAGUGCUGCAGAGGGGCUCUUGGCGGUGAUUCCGCUGAAAAACAGAAAAGAAAAAGGAAAUGUCAGACACAGUCCUCUUCAAACCCUGCCCAGCACCUGGACAAUGGUGACCAAACAGGUCCCAACGCUUGGAAGAGUAGUGGUACAAAUGACCCACCCAAGCCAAGCCCUGGGACCACUUCCCCCAAACCCCCCCAAACCUUGAGUCGCAAGCAGUGGCGGAACCGGCAGAAGAACAAGCGUAGACACAAGAAUAAGUUUCGGCCACCUCAGCCGCCAGACCAGGCUCCAGCCACAGCCCCCACAGAGGAGACAGAGGUGCCUCCUACUCCCAGUCCAGACAGCCAUGAGGCUCGGGCAGGGGCUCUGCGAGCCCGCAUGGCACAGCGGCUGGAUGGUGCCCGAUUUCGCUACCUGAACGAACAGCUGUACUCAGGGCCCAGCAGUGCUGCACAACGCCUCUUCCAGGAAGACCCUGAGGCCUUUGUCCUCUACCACCGUGGCUUCCAGAGCCAAAUCAAGAAGUGGCCACUGCAGCCCGUGGACCGCAUUGCCAAGGAUCUUCGCCAGCGGCCUGCGUCCCUGGUGGUAGCUGACUUUGGCUGCGGGGACUGCCGCCUAGCCUCAAGUAUCCGGAACACUGUGCAUUGCUUUGACUUGGCCUCUCUGGACCCCAGGGUCACUGUGUGUGACAUGGCCCAGGUGCCUCUAGAGGAUGAGUCUGUGGACGUGGCUGUGUUCUGCCUUUCACUGAUGGGAACCAACAUCAGAGACUUCCUAGAGGAGGCAAAUAGAGUGCUGAAGCCAGGGGGUCUCCUGAAAGUGGCUGAAGUCAGCAGCCGCUUUGAAGAUGUUCGGACCUUUCUGGGGGCUGUGACCAAACUAGGCUUCAAGGUCAUCUCCAAGGACCUGACCAAUAGCCACUUCUUCUUGUUUGACUUUCAAAAGACUGGGCCCCCUCGGGUAGGGCCCAGGGCUCAACUCUCAGGCCUGAAGCUUCAGCCAUGUCUCUACAAGCGCAGGUGACCUCUGGACCCCCCUUGAAAGGGGAAGCAAGUCUCGAACUCAAGGCUCAGAACUCUGAAGACUGCAUCCAGCCAGGCUGUGACCCAGGACCUGGUACCACCCUUCCUCCGUCCCCAGAACAAAGUGUGAUGAGAACUCUGGCUCAGCCCUGCUCUAUUGAAGACUUCUUGGUGGCAAGAAGCAUAAAGUCACUCGGGCUAGCUAAAGAAUAAGGAGUUUAUUGUGAGAACACAGGGGUAUCUGGGAAUUAUGGGUGCCCUAGGUGUCAUGGAAACUAGAUGGUUCGGAAUGCCAGGCAUCUCUCAGGAGCCACAGGUCUUUCUGACCUGGCAUGUCCACUCUCUGAUCUUCUGUCUACAGACCAGCUCCAUCUGCUCACCCGUAACUCCUGCUCCUUCAGCUUCAGUCUGCCCAGGCUUUCAAGGCCUCAGACAGGCAAGUGUUGCUUCUUGGCUCUGGGGCAACCAGCAGCCCACCAACAUCCUGGCUCAACAUAUUCUGGGCUUCUGGGUCAAGACUAUUUGAUUGUCCCUAUAGUAAACACCUCUUUCCCCUCUACCUUCAUCUUCAUCUUUGGAGCCAUAUGGCCCAAAUGACUCCUAGCACCUAUUGCCCUGUGGGGGCUUGGUGUGUGAGAGCACAGAUUUUGGAAUCAGGUAGGCCUGGGUUCAAAUGCUGGCCUGCCACUUGUUGCUGAGAGUCAUUUAAUCUUUGAAUAUCAUAUUCCUCAUUUGGAAAAUGGUAGGAUUCCUGUCUCACGGGAUUGUUAUGUGAGUUAACUGAGGAAAUCCAUAGCCAGGGCCAGGUACAUAAGGUGCUCAAUAAACUAUAGCUGUGGCUAUUAUGUGUUGUAAGCCUUACUGUUUCCAAAGACCUUCCCUAGGCAGGGUUGGAGGUUGAAGGGUAAAGUAUGGAUUUGCUGACUGAGGAAGAUUCUGGGAGAGCUCAAUAUAGGCCUUUCAGUAUGCUCACUUUAUAGGAUAUUUAGAGAUUCUUGAUUCUGAGCUGUCCUUGGAGGGGGGUGGUGAGAGAGCUGGGUCUCUUCAUAAAUAACAACUGGUUGAUGCCAUGUUGGGGCGAAGGAUUGGGCUGUUCAUUGGCAGAAGGGUCUGUCUGUUGUUUCUGCCUUGCAGUGGGCCCAGAUCAGGAUGUCCUAGGAAAGCUAUGGGCAGGGAAGGGUGGGAAAAGAUGAGCUGGGAUGAUAGAUCCUGGGCCUCUCCCAGAAGGUAUCUGCCAUGGGCCCAGGUAUAAAGAUACAUUCUCUUCUACCUAUUUCCAAGAACAAGAACUGAGAGUGACCACUGGGACACAGUUCCAGGGCUCUGAGCCAUUUGGAUGCCUCCAGAAGGGGGUGAGGUUUUGAGGCAGGCUGUGAACCAUUCAGCAGACCCUGCACAGUGCCCUUGCCUAUGCUUGUCUCUGCUGAACACUCUUCUGACUGGCAGAGUCUUACUCAUCCUUCCAGACAGCCUGAUUGUUUCCUCCUCCACCACUCCCAAAGCAGAAUUUCUUCAUCUGUGCUCUCAAAGCACGACAUGAAGAGUGAACCUUCAGCAUCGAAAUAUUGUGUUGUGAUUGCUUUGUGCAUUAGGCUGCAGUCUUCUUAAGUCAUAUUUAUCUUUCUAAAUAUGGUUUGGGGCACAAGAUAAGGGCACUGUGGACUAGUGACGAUGGAAGAAGUAGGCAGGCAGGAGAACUUCAGUAGGUGGAACUGGUAGGAUGUUGAGGGUUAGUGAGAGAAAGAAAUCUGAAGUAAGUUUCUGGUUUCUGGCUUGAACAACUGGUUGGGCUGGUGAUGCCAUUCAAAUGUUGGGUUUUAUGUACCUGUUACAUGUUCAUUUGGAAGUGGGACAUAAAUGUCUCAGGAGAGAUCUGUUCUAGGGAUUUGGGAAUCAGCAGCCUAGAGGUGGUAAUGUAAGUCAUAGGAAUAGAUGAGAUACUCAGAGUAAGACAAUGAGAAGAGAACAUGGCCCUGAGUAGAACUCUGAGGAGCAUUUACUGGGUGGGUAAAGGAAAAUGAGCCAGUAAAGGUCACAAGAUGAGAAGGUUGGGCUAGAGAUAGAGGAGUAAAACCAGGAGAGUGGAUUUUUUAAUCUGGAAGGAAUGGGGAGGUUGUCAGCUGUCAAAUGCUGUUGAAAGGUCUAUUAAGAUGAGAGAGGGGCCGGCCCCGUGGCCUAGCGGUUAAGUGCGCGCGCUCUGCUACUGGUGCCCGGGCGCACACCGACACACCGCUUGUCCGGCCAUGCUGAGGUGGCGUCCCAGAUAGAGCAACUAGGAGGAUGUGAACUAUGACAUACAACUAUCUACUGGGACUUUGGGGAGAAAAAGGGAAAAAAAGAAAGGAGGAGGAUUGGCAAUAGAUGUUAGCUAAGGGCCCAUCUUCCUCAGCAAAAAGAGGAGGAUGGGCAUGGAUGUUAGCUCAGGGCUGAUCAUCCUCACAAAAAAAAAAAAAAAGAGAGAAAAGAACACUUAUUCAAAAAAAAAGAUGAGAGAGAAGUCAGAUUGCACUGGGGUGAGAAUUGCUGAGUAAUGUUGACGGCCUUUUUGAAUUUAUAGUGGUAUUAUGCAUGAAUUUAUGGUUAUACCAGUCAGCCGAAUGGUGUGGUUGUCUCUGCCUACUCAGGAGUCUAGAGGGAGCUGUGGGAAAAGUGAGUACUAAGGGGUCAUCCAGAGUCCAAACCUUGCCACACAAUUGAAAUGAAAGGAAAUCAAGCAAAGGAGUUUCAGGCUGUUCGUAAGUGAUUGCUAUGCUGGACCUUGGGAUUUUGUAGAACAGAGAGGAGAGUGAAGACAGGAGUAGGUUGUUUUACUGGGAGUAACUGAAUAUGUGACCUGGGAGGAUGGGAGGCUGUGGUCAUAAAUUGGGAUGUUUGAAUUAUUAAUAUUAGAAGCAGAGUAGCACCAGGCGAUGGCAAAGUCUAGAAUGUAGCUACAGGAGUGCGUGCCUGAGAGGCAUGCAAGGGAGGUUGCCUGUAGAUUGGUUAAUGGACUCAGGGCUCAGGUAUUGUAGGGCAGGUUUGCAUGGACUUGGACGUUCUCCAGGAUGAUGGCAGAAGUUGGCAUAAAACAGGUACCAGCCUCUUGAGGGAGGGGGCCGAUCCAGGAGGUCUGCAGACAAAGGGAAGGAGAGGCUGGAUGGCACAAAUUUCAGAAGUGCAGAGGGUUCACACAGCCUAUGAGAGAGACUUCCAUUUUGGGGGUGAUGUGAAGCUGGUGAGUGGAGUUGGCUGCCAGGCAGCCAAGAUAAAAUACCCUGAUAGUCGUCUCUAGCUCAUCAGGAUUCACCAGGGAUCAUUGGGGAGAUGACUAUUCUGGCAGCUCCAUGGGGCAGGAGCCUCUGGGAUAAUGGGGAGACAAGCCACAAAGUCCGAGGAAUGUGUUGGAGUAGCAGGGCAUCUCAUUGUAGGACACACAUCCCCUUUUAUAGCUCCGUAUCUGUGUUCUUUCCCAAAUGUUUAUAUUCCUAGAUCUUGAAUCAUUUUCCCUGUUUUCUUAUGCUCAGCAGGACAGCUGGUGUCUGCCUUCCUCUCUUUUGCUUCCUCCCUGACUUAUAAUUUAGAUUCUUCCUUUGCCUAUUCUGGCUCCAGCCACCUGAGUAAAUACUUCCUUGGGUCUGACUCAGGCCCCGGGCUCCCCCUAACUCAGCCCAGCCCCCGCUAGUGGCUCCAUCAGUCACCCUGAUUCUGAAAGCAGGACUCUCCUGAGCCUGAUCUGGGUCCUCCCUGCUCCAUCAUCAGCUUCAGGGCAAGCUCUUGUUCAAGGCCGUGCCUGGGAUUCAGUGUCUAAUGUUGAGAGCCUGGACUGAAGAGAGAACAGUGUAUGUUUCAUUAAGAAAUAACAGCAUGCCAGCUGUCCGAGGAACAAUGAGACCAGUUUAAGGAGCAGCUUGAGAACGGAUUGAAGGAGUGGCAGGAAUAGUAAGAGGUAAACGGGAGUGGGAGGGAGUUGCUCCUCUGUGAAAGGCAGAGGUUCUCAAACUUGCAUAAUUAGGGUAACCUGGAAGGCUUGUUACACUGCAGAUUGCUAAGUGCUCCCCCAGUUUCUGAUUCAGAAGGUCAGGAUAGGGUUUGAGAAGUUCUUUUUUGGUUGCUUUGAUUUUUCUCAAUGAAGCAAGAGGCAGACUUACGGGUUGAGAGUGAGAAUGGGGGAGAAAGGGUUGGAGUUUUGAGGAGUGACG